AUGGCAAUAAAGAGGGGGACAAAUGAGAUAGGUGAAGCAGUGAAAGCGCUGUUUGGGUUGGUGAGGGAGGAGCUAGUAGCAGCAGUGAAAGGGGAGUUGGGCGCACUGUGGGAGGAGGUGGGCAGGCAGAACGAGCGAGUGUUGAUGCUGGAGAAGAGGAGCUGGUUCGUGGAGAAUGAGGUGACUGAGCUGACGCACGCACUGGAUGUAUUGGAAGAGACGAGUGAGACGACUGCUGCUGUGGAGGAGAAGAGGGAGAUAGAGCUGGCAGCAGUGAAGGGGGGGCUGCGUGGAGUGGAGGAAGAGCUGACCGGCGUCAAAGGGGAAUUGGCUAAAGUGGAAAAAAAGUAUUCUGAAGUUCAAGGGGAAUUGGCUGGAGUAAAGAGGGAAUUAACUGGAGAGAAGGGGAGGUUAACUGCAGUAAAGGGGCUGGCCGGAGUAAAGGGUGGAUUGUUUAGAGUGGAGGAGGAGUUGGGUGGCGUCAAAGGGGAUUUGGCAGGAGUGAAAGAAGAAUUGAUUGGAGGGAAGGGAGAGCUAGCUGCAGUGAAGGGUGGAUUAGCUGGGAUAAAAGGGGAAAUGUGUGAAAUGAAGGAGGAGUUGAGAGGAGUUGAAGAGAAGUGUCUUGUAUUCGAAGGGGAGUUUACUGGAGUGAAAAGGGAGUUGUCUGAGGAGAAGAGUGAGUUGAUGGCAGUGAAGGUGGAAAUAGCUGGAGUGAAGGGGGAGCUGUGUGGGAUGCAGGAGGAGUUGGCUGCGCUCAAAAGAGAGUUUGUUGGAGUGGCAGACAAGUUUUCUAGAGUCGAAGGGGAAUUGUCAGGAGUAAAGCUGAUGAAAGUCGACAUAAGGCUGGACAAGGUGAAAGGUGGGCUGACGCAAGUGAAGGAAGAAUGUUCUGGAGUCAAAGACAAAGUUACUGGAUUCAGGAGGGGGUUGACUGAAUUGAAGGAGGAGUUAAUCACAGUCAAAGGGGCGUUGACUGAAGUUGAGGGAAGGUUGACCGAAGUGAAGGAAGAUGUGUCUGGAGGCAAAGGGCAGUUGAGUGGAGUGAAUGACGGGUUGGUGGAGCUGAAGAGCCAAACAAUCGCAGUGAAGUCAUUUGUUAAGAAGGAGGAGAACGAGCUCAGAGGAGCAAUGGCUGUAGUGCGAGAGAGUGGUCUGACAGAGGGGUUUGGAGGAGAGAGGGGCAUGGAGAGGCAAGGAGGGGAAUCAGCAGCCUUGACAACGGAGGUUGCUAGACUGAGUAACCGCGUCUGGAAGGUGGUCGCAGCCCUUGUGCGGUGGCAGGGGGGAAGCCAAGACACGUGGGAGAAAAUCCUGUCAGCAUGGAGCGGACCUACAGCAGCAAGGAACGCGGUGGAGCUGAAGAAUCUGAGCACCCUGUCGAGCGCUGCUCUGCACCACGUGUUCACCAGGAGGGCGGUGGAGUGCUUGCAGAGCCUGCUAGGCCUGGAGCGCAUUAAGACGAAUGUGGAUAGGCUGCUGGCGUUGAAGAGCAGUGACCUUGCAGGGGUGACAGUGGGCAGUGAGCGCUGGAUCCUGUUUGACUGA